UGACCACAGCCGGAGUGCUGCAAUAUGGAGCAAGAAUAUCCACUGCUGGCCACACCUACGCGUUCCAAAGUCCGAAUUCGUCAUGACCUGACUGUGGCAUCUCGCUGGAGGGAGCCCACAUCACUGGGGCCUGAAGACUCGGGGCUGAGGGCUCCACAGGGUCCUGUGAAGAAAGGCUCUACGACUGCAAGGCCACCUUCCCUUCGCCGCCAAGCUGAAGCUGGAAGCGGAGUUCGGUGGGGCCCGGCCCCCGGCUGCUGCGCAGCAGCUCCUGCAAGCCUCGGCCCCGGAGCCUGAGCCGAAGGCGGUGGUGGUGCCCGGGACGGGGAGCGCGCUGCGCUGGUUCACAUCCGCGGUCCUGUAUGCCACUUUCCUGGGGCUGGGAAUGACUAUUGCUAUCCUGGGACCCACAUUUCAAGAUUUGGCAAGAAAUGUGAACCAAAAUAUAAGCAGUCUUUCUCAUAUAUUUGUGGGUCGUGCUUUGGGAUAUUUGGGUGGCUCUGUGAUCGGCGGAAUUCUCUUUGACUGUAUGAAUCACUUUUUACUUUUAGGGGUGUCACUAUUGGCUACCGCAACUGGUCUUUAUCUUAUUCCUUUUUGCAAGAGAGCAGUAUUACUGAUUGUCAUGAUGUCCGUUUUUGGUAUUUCCUAUGGCACUAUGGAUACAGGUGGGAACGUCCUUAUCUUGGCUCUGUGGGGAGACAAAGGAGCCCCAUACAUGCAGGCCUUACACUUCAGUUUUGCCUUGGGUGCAUUUUUGACGCCUAUUUUGGCAAAAUUGGCCCUGGGGACAACAGCAACAGUGUCAGCUGAAAACCACACAGAACCCAACCUACGCCCUCCAGGCCUCAACCAAUCACUUGAAGCCAACCCAGACCUUCUGUUUGCAGUACCUGAUGACUUGAAUUUACUGUGGGCUUAUGCUUCCAUUGGUACUUACAUACUUGUAGUUUCUUUCUUCCUCUUCGUUCUGUUUUUCAAGAAAAACUCAAUGCAAGAAAAUUCCACAGCAUCUGCUCAGGCAUCUCGAAGAGCUAAGCAUCACAAGGCCCUCCUCUGCCUUCUUUUUAUGUUCUUCUUUUUUUAUGUUGGAGCUGAGAUCACCUAUGGCUCUUACAUUUUCUCAUUUGCAACCACCCACGUUGGCCUGGAGGAAAGCCAAGCGGCUGGAGUGAACUCCAUCUUCUGGGGGACGUUUGCGGCCUGCAGGGGCCUGGCAAUCUUCUUUGCUACGUGUUUACAGCCUGGAACCAUGAUUGUGCUGAGCAACAUUGGCAGCCUGGUCUCAUCUUUAUUCCUGGUGCUUUUUGACAAGAACCCACUUUGUCUCUGGAUAGCGAGUUCCGUGUAUGGGGCUUCAAUGGCCGCCACAUUUCCCAGUGGUGUUUCUUGGCUUGAGCAGUACACGAGCAUAAGUGGGAAAUCUGCAGCUUUUUUUGUCAUUGGUGGUGCUCUUGGAGAAAUGGCUAUUCCUGCAGUAAUUGGAAUUCUCCAAGGACUAUACCCAGAUUUGCCAGUAGUUCUGUACACAAGUUUGGGAUCAGCAAUAUUCACUGCUGUAUUAUUUCCUGUGAUGUAUAAAUUAGCCACCUCGCCUCUGGAUCGCCAGCAGAAAAGAACUAGAAGGAGCAAGGACAAGAAAGCUUUGCCCUCUGAUUCUGGGCUAUGAGGAAGAGAAUGAAGGGAAAAUGCAGAAUAAUGGAAUGAAAUUGAUUUGAGGUGGUUGAAGUAAAUGAUACCAUGAGGCAUUCUUUAACAUAGAUAGCUAGAAAUAUUUUGAUAGAGCCUGUAGCUGAAGUAUCCCACAGUGUAUCUCAGAUUAGAUGAAAUUUGAGUUUUCUCUCGUUAUUAUU